GACGUCACCGAGCAGCUGACGAAGGAAAACAGAUCUUGCAGGAAAACCUCUCGGUUAGUCGCAAUAAAACACUUUCUCGAUUUUCCUCACUUCUGGCCGCGGAGGCAGUGUGACGGCGACCCCAAACGACAGAGGAGCAAGUGAUGUUGUGACGAAAUCUGUUGGACGUAGUGCAGAACUUGCCGUGUUGAUGGAGUAACAAUGUCUCACUAAUGCUAGCACAGCCCCCCUGAAAUCCACACGUUAAUUAGAGACGGGACUUACUGUGGCAAGUGAAUGGAAGUGUGAGUUUGUGAAUGGCCUGCUUAGCAAGAAUGGACAAAGUCAUCGUAGGUUAAUAAGAAAGAGAAAAGUUUGUGCGUAGAGUGCCAAGCCGCAAGCGUCGAGAUGGGGGGAGCUGUGAGUGCCGGCGUCGACAACGACGAGCUGGUCGACAACCUCAAGGCAGCCAACUACAUCCGCACGCCUCUCCUCGAGCGUGUCUUCAGGGCUGUCGACCGCGGGGAUUAUUUCACUUCGGAAAACCGCGAGCUGGCGUAUCGGGACAAUGCGUGGAAGAAGGGGAACUUACACCUCUCAGCCCCGUGUAUUUAUGCAAAGGUAAUGGAGGGCCUCCAGUUAGCACCAGGGCAGUCCUUCCUCAACCUGGGGUCUGGCACUGGCUACCUCUCCACCAUGGCCGGGCUCAUCCUAGGUCCCUAUGGAAUCAACCACGGAGUUGAACUUCACGCCGAUGUUGUUAGUUACGGGCAAGAACGGCUAGAACAUUUCAAGAAGAAUUCAGCAGCAAUAGAUGCAUUUACAUUUUGUGAUCCCCAGUUUGUGCAGGGUAACUGUUUAUGCCUGCCCCCUGAUAUGCGCCUGUAUGAUCGAGUGUAUUGUGGAGCCUCAUGUCCAGAAAGUCAUGAAAACUAUAUGAAGGGACUUAUAAAUGAAGGAGGCAUAUUAGUCAUGCCGCUGAACGACCAGCUGGUGAAGAUUACACGUAAGGGACCAAGCUCAUGGGAGGUGGAGUCCCUGCUGCCAGUGUCAUUUUCGUCGCUGGUCAUGCCCGACUCCAGUCAUCCACCGUCUACAGUAAACCUCCCUACUGCAGAGCUCAUGGAUCUCCAGGAAAUCUGCCGUCAGGAACUUCGCUCAAUAUUACGAACCAAUAUCGAGAAAGAGCAUCCAAAUUUGGUGACCGCUGCAAACAGACCAGUACAAAGACAGCAGAGGAAUCGCGAUCGCCGACAGAUAUGCCGCAUUGUUGUACCCUAUGCCCCUCCUGUGCCCUUUUAUGAGUCUGAUGAUGAUCCAAGGAUGAUGUCUGAUGAAGAGCCUGAAGACAGGGAUGAUAGGGACACUCUGUAUGUUGCUCAGCGCCACACUGCGAAUCAAAUAUCUGCUGUGAUUGACUUAGCUCGUAGUCUUGCAGGACAGAGGAGGCUAGAGAGGGAAAGUGAAGAGAACGAGGGAAGACAGAAAGGGAGGAAGAUUUAGAUGGACUGAAAGAGGAAGAGGAAGUGGAAGAGGAAGAUGAGCAUGAGGUGGAUAACGCUCCAAGCCCACCAGGUAAUGGGAAAAUGAGUAAGGAACGGAAAUUAUUUAGAGGCCUAACCAGGAAGUCAUUCUUAAAAGACAAAAGUCGCAAGGAAGCUGGAGUCGAGGAAGUGAAGGAAGAAGGAGAAGUAGGAGGAGCAGAAAGUGCAGAGACACAGGAAGAUGUAUCAUCAUCAGUCCUAACAAUGCCUCAGUCUGAUCCAAUUCCAAUGACUUCUACACCAGUGAUGUCUGUAAAAUCCAAUAAAAAACGUGAGAAAUUUGACAGUGGCGUAGGUGAUGAAAUAGAAAAUGGGAAGGGACCAAGUUCAGAAUCUGACGUGGGUGAUGAAGACAUAGACAUGGACAUUGAUUCUACGGAUUCUGAUUACUCUGACAACUCACCCCCAAGGACCAAAGUGACGCGUCUGCUUGAUGCAGAUGACCCGUACCCGAGCGGAAAAGACUGCAGGGGACAGUGGAAGCACAGAAAGGAAGACGAUGAAACCAAGGAGGGACCAGAGGAAAACGAAGGCUCCGGUAGCCCUCCGUCCCCUGUCGAGUCUUAUUCAACCCUGAUGAGAGAGAAGAUAUCUCUGUUGCCACUUCCUCAAGCCCUCAAGUUGUACCUGAAUUACCAUAGGGAAUUGUAAGCUUGAUCUGUGAACAGUUCCCUGCAGUAAGAUAACCAAGUCCUAUUACUCCUAGUACCUAUCUUCCAGAUGUAUUUACAUAAUCUAUAAUACACAGAUCUUGGAAGAAAGCAUAUAAACCAUGGAUGGACCUAGCAAGUGUCACAUUUAAAGGUAAUAAGCCAGUGCAAUUACAGAAUGCAGAUCCCACAAAAGUGGGCUAACGUAACUGCAUGUUUACCGAUCUACUUUUGCUUUUUGUUAUUGUAUAGUAGAUAAAGCAUUAAUAUGUGUAAUGACUUGAGUGUCUGAGGAAUGAUUUCUUGCAUGAUGCUUUAUCUGAUACAGAAGUGAGGAAAGAGACAGAUGCUACAAGGAACAGCAUUUUCUUCGGCAUUAUUGGCAUCCAUUUGGCAAAACAAGAGGAAAGGAAGAGAAGCAAGACCACAAAGAAACCUGAAUAAUAUUAGUCAGUUUUAGGAGGUAAGCAACUGUAAAGCAUAAAGGGAAAAGGAAGGUUUGAAUUCCGUCGUCAAAAAAUAAACAAAAAACUAUUUUUAUACAGCAUAUAUAAACAGUGUCUGCAGUGACUCCCCUU